CGACGACUGCAGUCCAGAAUGUCGAUCCCAUGACUAUGGCACAACCUGACACGAAUACUUUAACGCUGUACUUGCUAGCUGCAAAUGCAUAAACGCUCAGAGGAACAGCCGGUAACGCAGGCGAUCGUGCCGUCCUCGAUGCAACCUUAAAGACGCUGCACUGUGACUAUCAUUAAAGCUUGUAUGCUGAUCAGGAAGCAGGCACAACGACGGCAUCGAGAGGGAUGGGCAUCUUAUAAGUAGCUGCCUGCUCAAUGAUCUGGUCAUCAAGCAAUCGUUACAACGCAAGACUAAAACAUGCAACUCACACACGCCGCAGCCGUUCUCGCCCUUGCAGCCUCUACCUCUGCUGCACCACUUGAACAGUCAAACGACAAGAAGCAGCCCAAGAACACCGUGCCUGCCUGGCCUCCUGCCGUUCCCAACGCUGAUUGCCCUAUUGGGUGGCCCAAGCCUAUCCGGCCAUGGGACCAAGCAAAGUUUAGCUACCCAGGAACUUGCAGGCCAAUCUCCAUUCCAGUUUAUAAGCCUGGAUGCAUCACAGACACCACCCGACCAGACUCGCCUGCUGGACCAGGAUCUCCUCAUCCAGCUGGAUCUCCUCCCAGACCCGGCUCGCCCAAGCACGAAGGUCCUGGCAGACCCGGCUCGCCCAAGCCACAUGGCAAACCGAGGCCAGAUUCGCCAAAGCAUGAUGGUCCUGGCAGACCUGAUUCUCCCAAGCCAGAUGGACCAAAGCCGCACCCACAGUCUACUUCUGGGCCACAGCCUACAUCGACAAAGGCUUCUGUGCCAUCUGCCACACCUUCAACACCAACCAAGUACUUCAAUCUCCUGGCCCCUGUAUCGCCACUAGGCUCCAUCUUUGACGGACAGCUCCAGGCCAAUUCUCCCUAUCCGGCAGUCGACGUCGCUGCUGUUCCAUCCAAGGGUCCUGCAUCAGUCAGCACACAAUUCUACCUCACAGAUGGUGCAUUGUUUGAUCAGUACAACGGCGCUUGCGAGAUUUCCUCAGGCAACCAGCUCCAAUGCAACAGCAUUGUUGAUGCAAGCAAGGCUAUGAAAGGAUUUGCCAUCGACCCAGCAACCAUGUACUUGGAGUUCAACAUGGAAGAUCCCUUUUUGGCUGCAACAUUGGUACUUCAGACUCGUUUGGCCAAAUCAUCUUUACUGGCACGCAUCUGGACUUUGCCGGCACAUCGACUGAUACAUCUAACCCAAACUGUGAUGCAUAUCACUUGACAGUGAAGUACGUGUAAGCUAAGCAUGUGUGAGCUGGCCUCAAACUCUUAGAUUUCUUAGCUCUAUUCAUUCUUCUUCCCGAUAGCUUGCUUACAAUUUCGAGGUACUCUUUGACACAUGACAUUGUACUGAGGAGAUGCUCGAAUAGACCGUCAAGACACUGAUAGACACAAACAUGGGGCAAAGGGAUGGUUGGCCCAGCGCAGUUCAGGCUAGCAUCAUACUUGG